UGAGUCACCUGAGAGACUGAACAGGGUGAGCUGAGUGGGCCGCUGGACAGGACGGCCAUUUUACUGCAGGUGUCAGAGCUAUUGUUCACUUAAAAACUGCCAUAUAAAGGCCUGUGAGGAGCUGAAGCCUGCCUGGCCAGAAAGUUGGGGUCAAAUAAGUUCUUCCUCACCCAGCAUUAUAAUGAUUCUGUGAUUGCUUUUUCUGAAUGGAUUGUCUAAAUUACACCGCAACAUGAAAUCCUUGAGCAGUAAAUUUAAGAGACAAGAAGAUGGGAGUGAUGUUGGGUCCUCCACUAGCAGCAAGACCCCCAUUAGGGAUCCUCCAGUGCCGGUGUGGGUCACUCACACACCCAUCCCAGACAAUAUCAAUGAUGUUGGGGAUGAUGAUGCUGACUCCACAUCCAGCACUCCGCCUUAUGCUGAAGAAGAGAACAGUGACAUAAAAGGGACCAUGAAAGACAGACUGAAAUCCCUCAUCCCUCAGUCAUGGAGCAGCAUCAUCCACAAAAGGACAAAGGAAAGUGACUCUGAAGCCAGUACGACCGGGAUCCAGAUCCUUCCCAACGGGACCAGAGUGAGCCCUCCUGUCAGUCCGCUGCUGGAACGCAGGAACUGGGCUGAAUCAAUUGGAAGCUCCAGCCAGAACUCACAAAAGCCUCUACUAAGACAGAGCCCCACUGAUGAUCUGUUUUAUCAUGGCCCACGAGAGGAAUCUCUUCUGACCAGCAUCCACCCUGCAGAAUAUUAUGCUGAAAAGGUGGAGGUCUAUAAACAGAAGUACUCGUAUCUGAAAUCAUGGCCAGGGCUGCUCAGGCUUCUGGCCGGAAUUCAGCUCCUGUUUGGGGGAAUGGUGAUUGCAUGUGUCAUCGCCUACAUCCAGAAAGACAGUGAGUGGUCCAACUCCUACGGACUCUAUAAUGGCGCAUAUAACAACGGGUUUGGUAUAUCAGGGUACAGCUACAGAGGCCCUAUGACUCCUUUCAUUCUGGCUGUAGCUGGAGUCUCCUGGGUCAUCACUCUGUGUCUAUUAGUGAUGGGAAUGACCAUGUAUUAUCGCACCAUCCUCCUCGACUCCCCCUGGUGGCCCCUGACGGAGGCCUUCAUCAACGUGGCACUGUUCCUGCUCUACAUGGCAGCAGGGAUCGUAUACCUUAAUGACUUGAACCGGGGAGGGCUGUGCUACACGACAAUAGGUGUUAACCCCAUCAUGGCCAAUCUGUGUCGCGUUGAUGGGGGCCAGAUGGCAGGAACAGCUUUCAUCUUCAUCAACAUGACUCUGUACCUGGCAAGCUUCCUGGUAUGUCUGAAGAUGUGGAGGCAUGAAGCUGCACGUAUGGAGCGGCAGUACUUUGAGAACCAGACUCAAGAGGAGUUCCAUCAGUCCAUCCCACUAAACCCCAAAAAGAAAAAACGCAUAUCAUUCAGGGAUGAAACGGAUAAACCUUUGAAUAAAAAUCACAACAAUCAGCAAACACUCCUCCAUGAAGUCCAGAAGAACCCAGACAGCCUGAAUGCAGCCUCAGCAUCCGCAUACAUCCCCAAAGUGCACAUUAUAGCAGACUACAUCAUGAAAUAUCCUGAGAUCAGCUGUGUGGAGGAAAGGGAAAAGUACAGAGCUGUUUUCAAUGACCAGUAUCAGGAAUACAAAGACCUUCAUAGAGACAUCAGCACGACCCUGGAUAAGUUUAGAGAGCUGGAUGCCAUGAUGGAGCAACUCCCCAAGGAAGGAAAAAGCCACAAGGAUCAACAAAGGAUUCAAAGCAUUUUGAAGAAGUAUCGCCAGAAAAAGACUGAUCCUGCUUUCCUGGAGAAAAAGGAACGCUACGACUACCUGAAAGCAAAAUUAAGUCACAUUAAAAAUAGAAUCCGCACUUUUGACCAGGAAAACCCAACAAAUGAUCGGAUAUGAAGAAGACCAGGGGGAAAUAUCUGCAGCAAUUGAAGAACAGACAGAAACAACCUAACUUUUCCUCCAUUCUUCUUUUGUCUCUUUGUGUUUUGUAUAUUGAAUGCCCUGAAUAUAUUGUAUUUUGACUAAAAAGUAUAUUUUUUCAUUUGAGACCAAAUGCAUUUUUAGACAUCAUUGUACAAUCAACAACAUGAGGGUCACAGAAAAUCUGAUUUGCAUUUAAAUUAGAACACCUGAACAUUAUGAGAGCAGACUCCUUUUAUAUAGCUUUAAAUACAUAUCAAUACAUUUUGCAUUUUCUUAUAUUUCUGUCACUAAUGUCAAGCAAGAGAAACAACAUGCAAAUUAAAGUCCACUCAAUGAUUGCUGCAUAUGUAUUUGUAUAAUAAAAUUUGUUUUUACUAAUUUUCA